AUGGCAACCUCUUUUGCAGCAAUCGGCGCGACCCUCACUUAUAGCUACGGCACUGAUGGCGCGGGCGUCUGGGCCAACACGAUCGCUCCGACAGCGACAUCUGGCAUUGUGGCCACAGCGACGCUUGCCGGCAAUGCCAACACUGGAUCUGGCUCCAAUGCCGUCUCUGCCGAUGAUUCAAGUUCAUCAAAGUCGAGCGGCAUUGGUACAGGCGUCAUUGCCGCCAUCGCCGCCGUCGCUGCCGUCAUCAUCAUUGGUGCCAUUAUCAUGAUUGUGAUGGUCCGACGGAAGAAGCAGAAGCGAGCGGCGGCUUCUCGUAUGCGCGAGUCUUGGGUUGGUGGACGCAUGGACCCCAAUGUCUCGACGACGACACUCCAGGCGAGCGAACAAGCCGUCAAUACCGGCUACCUUGCAUCGCACUUGGGCGCGUCCCGUCAGGCAAGAGGCCAGCCCAAUUCUUACCCGCCAUCACCUUCGCCGCUUAGCUCACCCGGUCUACCUCGGUCGAGUGCAAGCAGUCAGGCAGGCUACAUGUCUGCACAGUCCAGUCGGAACACCGCCACACCGCCUGGCCUGAGCGGCUCACAGUUUGCACCUGCGGCAUCGCGUCAACAGCAUGCACCGUCUUCCGCUGGAUCGACAUACGACUCCCGCGCGUACGCUCAGCAGCAAGAACAAAGGCAGGCGCAGUACGAAGCGCAGCAGCUGGCGGCCCAACAAGCGCAGCAGCAAGCACAGAUCCAUGCGCAGCGACAGCGUGAAUAUGAAUACAGGCAAUCUCAGGCCCGUUCACAACCACGAUCUCAGGCGGGCUCAGACUAUCACUCCGCAGCCGAAGCCUAUGCACCUCGCGAGUCUCGACAGCACUAUCAGCAGUAUGCACAACAGCCUCAGCAGCAGUAUUCGACACGGGAUGCACGCAGCCCCGGAGGCCACAGCGGCCAAGGCUAUGCCAUGUGA